GGUCAAUGUCGUUUGCUUUCUUCUUAUCCGUGCAAGCCAGCAACGCGUUUGCCUGCGCGUACGCUCCAUUAAAAGGUUGCGAGCUGCCGCUGCUCCAUCGUCUUGGCCGCCGACGAGCAACCAUCUCUGCUGCUGCUCCAUCGUCUUGGCCGCCGACGAGCAACCAUCUCUGCUGCUGCAUCAUCGCCUUCCUCACCUUCGUCCGUUGUCCAGGUGCCGCAACAGUUGGUCCAUGUUGCAUUCCAAUAUUAUUUCCAUUUCUCAGGAGGAAGAGGAGGAAGGAUCAUCCUGUAAUCCUGCUGGGUGCGAGAUAGCCGCAGCAUGGAUUUCGAACUCCGUGUUAUCGAAGCUAUCACAAACAACUUUGCAGAUGAUCAGAUAGUUGGCAGCGGUGGAUACGGAGUUGUUUACAGGGCGACCCAUGAAGGGGAAGAAAUUGCCGUGAAGAAGCUUCGUCAACUGCCAGGACUCGAUGAUAAGCAAUUCGACAGCGAGUUCCGCAACCUUCGUAACAUUCGCCACCAAAAUGUUGUGCGGCUAAUUGGCUACUGCUACGAGUCUCGGCAUAGAUACAUGGAUCACAACGGGGACCUUGUUUUCGCUCAACUAAUGGAGCGAGUGCUCUGCUUCGAAUAUAUGCACGGCGGAAGCCUCGAUGAACAUAUUCAAG